AUGCAACAAACCACAACACGCCGACAAAACAAAGCUGCAUAUGAACGAGCCAGACUACUAAGCCAAACAUUGAAAACCAGCACAGUCCGCAGAUCUCAACAUACAAACUCUCAACGCCUUCAACGUCACAAACAAACUACACAACAAGCUCAGUCACGUCGCACUAAAGAUGCACUACAACACAAACUAAGACUCCAACAAGAAACUUUAGAAGAAGGCACUGUACGCCGCACUGCACAUGCUCACUCUCAGCAGCGUAGCCGCAUUCGUCAAACUACUGACACAACUACACCAACACCUUUGCCACAUUCAGAACCCCAUUUAGACGCUCAGGACUUACACACUCACUUUAUACAUUUUAAUGAUAUUACGUUACAACACCAGCAUGUCACCCCACACACUUGCGGACCUUUUAACGUCAUGUGCCAAUUUUGUGGAGCACGACAUUUUUUACCAGAACGACCAUCUGAUGGCAAAUUUACUAGCUGUUGCCAAAAAGGCAAAGUUAAGCUGCCAAAGCCACAAGACAUCAAUUCCGUCGAUUUACUGUAUCCUGAUUUUCUACACAAAUUACUCUCUGACACAGCUAACCCCAACCGCAUUCAUUUUCGAGAAAACAUCCGCUCUUACAACAGUGCCAUUUCCUUUGCUUCAAUGGGAGCUACAAUUGUGACUUUACCAGGUAAAGGCCCUUACGUAUUCAAAGUACACGGACAGACAUACCAUCGCACUUCACACCUACAGCCGGUCAACAACCAAGGUCCACAGUUUGCCCAGCUAUACGUUAUAGACAACACACAAGCAGCCACCUUUCGUGAACAACAUGCCGCAAAUGAGGAUUGUCGCCCAGAAAUUAUGGACCAAAUUGAUUGCUUCUUUCGCAAACACAAUUGCCUUGCACAUAGCUACCAGCUCAUUACUAACAUUCAUAAACACCACGUGCAACUUGCCGCUCAAACAGGAGAACAAGUUCCAGUCGUUAGUAUGGCCCUAAGACGUGAUCGCCACUCUGAUUACCGACGAUACAACAACCCCACAUCCAAUGAAGUUGCCAUGAUCUUUGUUAACGAAGAUGGAGAACCACCUUUCCAACGAGACAUACAAAUCUAUCCUAAGAAUCCAGAAAAUCCAAACCAACCAUUCAUUAACCUGAACAUUCUAAGCCCAUACAUGGAUCCUAUGACAUAUGCUCUGUUUUUCCCUUAUGGGGAACCUGGCUGGCAACCAAAUUGGCAAUGUCAUUCUUACAGUGGAGCACAACUCAAUCAAGUUCGCAACUAUGUUACUAUGUUGCAAUACAAAGCCGCUUUAACAGCUAUUCGCGAUGAUUUCAGUCCCAUUAUGUACGCAGGCAAAUUAACAUAACAGUGGUUAGUUGAUUCCUAUCUUCAGGUUGAGGCAAACCGAUUAAACUACAUUCGCCACAAUCAAAGCAGAUUACGAGCAGAACAGUAUCAGGGACUAGCUGACCACGUUGCAAACGUGGCAGACUACAAUAACAUACCAGCUGGCGUUCCCAUUAUUCUACCAUCUACCUUUGAAGGAUCCCCAAGACAUAUGCGUGAACGCUGCUGUGACGCUAUGUCUAUUUUCUGUAAGUGGGGAGCACCAGAUGUUUUCAUUACUUUCACUGCUAAUCCCACAUGGCCGGAAAUACUCACCAAUUUAUGCCCAGGUGAACACACUUCUGAUAGACCUGAUUUAGUUGCACGCGUCUUCAAAAUCAAACUUGAUGCACUUAUGGAUGACCUAACCAAGCAUUGCCUUUUCGGACAGACAAAAUCCUUUGUCUAUACUAUCGAAUUCCAAAAAAGAGGACUUCCUCACGCUCACAUACUACUUGCACUACGAGCUGAGGAUAAAUUUAACACUGUUGAACAAAUCAAUAAGUUUGUAUCCGCAGAAAUACCACAUGUAGAAACACCCAUUUUACGCCAAAUCAUUCUCCGCUGCAUGCUACAUGGUCCAUGCGGCACCACUAAUCCACGAGCACCCUGCAUGAAAGAUGGAAAAUGUUCCAAAAAUUUCCCAAAACUGUUUAAUGACAACACCAUUAUACAUCGUUAUACUUAUCCUGUCUACCAACGUCGACCUCAAGAAACCGUUGAAGUUCGAGGCGUACUUAUGUCCAACCAAAAUGUGGUACCAUACAAUCCAUACUUGGCCCUAAAGUACAAUGCACACAUAAAUGUGGAAGUUUGCACAUCCCUUUACGCUAUUAAAUACAUCUACAAGUACAUUUUUAAGGGACUUGAUUGUGCUAAUGUGGUUAUCAAACCAGAUGGUCAGGCAGAGCAACAGUACAAUGAAAUCCAAAAUUUUAUCGACUGUCGCUAUGUAAGCCCACCAGAAGCUAUUUGGCGACUACGAGAAUAUGUCAUGCACAAAAGAUCCCACGCUGUCAUACGACUUCCAGUACAUCUACCUCACCAACAAACACUCAUCUUUGAACACGGACAUGAGGAAGAAGCCCUCCUUGCUGCCAAAACUGGAAAAACUAAACUUGAAUCUUGGUUUGACCUCAACACACAUGACCAACAUGCACAACAAUGGCUCUACACUGACAUUCCACAAUACUACGUUUAUACGCAUGGACUUUGGCAAAAAAGAAAACGAGGAGGUGAUAAAAUUGUGGCAAGAAUGUAUACGGUCAGUCUCAAAAAUGAAGAACGCUUCUACUUACGCAUGUUACUUCUACAUGUGCCCGAUGCAACCAGUUUUCAAUCAUUGCGCACAGUCAAUAAUGUACACUAUGACACCUUUAAAGCCACUGCUUUUGCACGCGGACUUCUUGCAUCUGAUGAAGAAUGGCAUCACUGCUUAACAGACGGAGCCACCUACCUUAUGCCAAAACAGUUACGUGAAAUGUUCUCCUACAUCUGCUGCUUUUGUCAGCCUACUCACCUACUACAAUUGUGGGAAGAUCACCUACUGGAUCUAACUCUUGACUUUCUGCAACACAAUUCUCCCAACAUUGCACAAAACAAAGCACUACACGCAAUUAACACAGUCUUAAAACAACAUGGGCUUUCCUGUACACUACUUGGUUUACCUAAUCCACUGGGUCACCCACCACCAGAACACCUGUAUAAUCUCAUAGAAGAGGCUCAGGAAGCUAUGACACGCCUUGCAAUUCUCAACCCACUGCAGUUACAUGCUUUCAACACAAUUAUCAUGGCUGUGGAAAACAGCCAAGUUACCAACCAUGCAUUUUAUCUGGAUGGACCCGGUGGCUCGGGCAAAACCUUCCUCUACACCACACUCAUAGCCUACAUACGAGGAAAGGGUAACACUGUAUUGCCAUUUGCAACCACUGGAAUUGCCGCUACCUUACUCAAAGGAGGACGCGCUGUUCACAGUGGAUUCAAACUUCCUGUACCACUACUUGAUACCUCCGUUUCUUCCCUCCGCCUAACUUCACCUGAAGCUGAUCUCUUACGUCAAGCUAACCUCAUCAUUAUUGAUGAAAUUACUAUGCUUCCAAAACAUGGACUACGCUGUAUUGACACACUCUUACGUGACAUCAUGAACAUAAACACACCAUUUGGAAACAAAGUUAUCGUCUUAGGAGGAGAUUUCCGACAAACACUUCCAGUUGUUCCAAGAGGCACCCAAACUGAUAUUCUUGAAUGCUGCAUUAAAGCAAGCCACCUAUGGAAACUUUUCACUCAUCUCACUCUAACAACCAACAUGCGCACAGAGGGAGACGAGGAAAACAAUACAUGGCUUCUACACGUUGGAAUGGGAAGCCUGCCACCAAACCCGCAUUUCAAUGACAAUACCACCAUUCAAAUCCCACCACAUAUGAUAACCCAUGACGAUCUUAUCGAAACUAUUUUUACUGAUGUACAUCACAUGUCAGAGGAUUCCCUUGCAAAACGAGUCAUUGUUGCACCCACAAAUGCACACACACUAGACAUGAAUAGAAAAAUCAUUGAUUUAAUACCAGGAAAUCCCACUAUUUAUUACAGUGCCAACUCUGUGGACACAGAAGAUCCAAACGACACUUUGACCUUCCCCCUGGAAUUUCUACACAACCAAACACCCUCAGGAAUGCCUCCACAUGUCCUGCUCUUAAAAAAAGGUGUCAUUAUCAUGCUUUUACGCAACCUUAACCCACAACAUGGAUUGUGUAACGGCACACGAUUAAUCGUGGAAGACCUGGCACACCACUUCAUAAAAUGA